AUGGACGGCUCCGUGAAGUAUCUCGUCCUCUGCGGACACUUACUCGCCGUCGCCGCCGCUGCCCCCAUUGACUCUUCCCUAGAAGACAUUGCAGAAGUUAUUCAUUUUACCAACAAAUAUUUGGGCACAAAUUUCCUGUUUAAGCUCUUAAGGGCUGAAGAUGAUGGUAACUACUACGUUUCGGAAAACUCCACAAAAAUGAAGAGUCUGAAAUUCUUCAUAAAGGAGACGACUUGUCCGAUCUCUGACACAGAGGAUAAGGAAAACUGUGAAUUUAAACCUGUUGGGGUGGUGAUGGCGUGUGUGGCCGAUAUUAUUACUGAUCACCAUGAGAAAAAAAUCACAGGACAAUGUGUGAAAGAAAUCAACACACCGAAAGGAGCGCAUGCUAUGAAGAGGGAGCUUGCGGACAAAACACAAGGGACAUUUGAGAUAUCUGUGGACCUCAAGAAGACCCAUAAGGAGGAAUGUCUGGAAUGUAUCAUCACCCUCCUUCCGGAGCACCCCUGA